UUAAAAAUAAAAUAAAACUGAGAUCCGACUCUGCCUCUUCCCGCACAAAAAAAUGCGCGUUCUUCAAUCUCUGUCUCUGGGUAAUAAUCAUUCAUUCCGUUAAUUCUUUCUUUCAAAUCUGCACAUAAAAAUUAAAUCAGUGCAAUAAAAUUUUAUUAAUUCUACUAAAUUAUUUUAAAUGAUUUAACAAUGUUGCAAAAGAUUGUUUCUUGAUUGGUUUGAAUCAGAAUAGUUGAACAAAAAAAAGAAAACCAAAAUCAAAACAAAAAUUUUUAGGCAUGUCGAGGAGGCCAGUGAAUCCCUCUAGACGAUAUGGAGACGCCGGCGCCGGGGCUGCUCUCUUUUCACAAUCCAAAUCUCGCUCUCCUCCGUUCCUCUCCAUUGUUCUCAUUGUCCUGGGCGCAUUGCUUAUUGUUGCGUACUUCCAUCGCGGCUCAGGUGGAUUUGGAGGCAGAAGGGAACCUGUUACUAGAGUUGAAGGUGACUUUUCCUGCACAUAUGAGGUUCAACGGGCAAUUCCUGUUUUGAAGAAAGCAUAUGGUGACAGCAUGCAUAAAGUUUUGCAUGUUGGUCCUGAUACUUGUUCAGUGGUUUCGAAUUUGUUAAAAGAAGAUGAAACUGAAGCUUGGGGUGUGGAACCAUACGACAUUGAAGAUGCUGAUACUAACUGCAAAGGACUAGUGCGUAAUGGCAUUGUUCGUGUCUCUGACAUCAAAUUUCCUCUUCCAUACAGGCCGAAAUCAUUCCCUCUUGUAAUUGUUUCGGAUACAUUAGAUUACUUGUCUCCAAGAUAUCUCAACAAGACACUUCCAGAUUUUGCAGGGGUAUCAGCUGAUGGAGUUGUAUUAUUUACAGGUUUCCCAGGUCAGCGGAAAGCUAAAAAUGCAGACGUGUCCAAAUAUGGAAGGGCGGCUAAAUUGAGGAGCUCGUCUUGGUGGGCACGAUUUUUUGUCCAGACUAGCUUAGAAGAAAAUGAAGUUGUCACCAAGAAGUUCAGGCAGGCAGCAGAAAAGAACUCAUACAACCCCAGCUGCCAAAUUUUUCACCUAAGGUCAUACAAUUGAUUUGUUUACGUUGUUUCUUCACAUUAUGAAGUUCUAAUGGUGCAGCUGAUCAUUUAGCUCCUUUCUUAAUCAAAAUGUUCAGUAGGCUAGUUUAAAUUUUGGUAUAAAAUAUUUAUUUUGCUAUCAUUAGCCUACUUUUUGAAUUCCAUCCAGUACAUGAUGUAUUCUUUCAUUGAUCUUACUUUGAAUGAAAGCAUUUCUAGUUCUGGUCUUGUAGCUCCAACACAAGCUGAAAUGCCUACUAGCAUUUUAGCUCCCAUUGAUAUAAUGGUAUUUGGAACUACCUAGUAUUCUUUCCCCUACCAACAUGAAAAGACAGUUAUUCCUAAUAGAUAUUUCACCAGACA